AGUAAAGUAAAUGGUGAUACCGGUUUGCUCGUCGGCAAGACUCGCUUGGUGGGGACCGUAGCGGAGCGAGUUGCUAUUCGCGCGGGCAUCUCGUUUUUCUUUCUGCUCUAAGGCUCUGAACUCUGAGCGUUCAGCUCUCAUUGUCAGUUCGAUAUCGUAGCGAGCAACGGUUGGACGUUUUCCUGUGGGGCAUCCAAUUUAACGAUACUGUUUGAUUAGAGACGAAGCGUAAAUUAAACCGCCGAUAUGUUUAUUAAAUCGGCAACGUCGGUGUUAUCACUGCUGUUUCUCAUCAAUACAAUAUCAGCGCAAUGUUUAACCGGACACGACGAUACAUUAUCGAUGAGCGCGAAUACAAGGAAAGGGUUGAUCAAGUCCAGAUUCGAAUUCGCCAUGGAGACGCUUAAAAAGACGGCGUUGAUCGAAUCUCGUGAUAACAUAUUCUACAGCCCGCACAGUCUUCACGAGGCGAUAACCUUGGCGUACUUCGGUGCUCGUGGAACCACCGAAUCCUCAUUGCAAAAGGCUUUGCAUUUACCGGGCGAUCUGUCUAAGGUCGAUGUGCAGCGAUAUUACUCGUACGAAAAUUCCCUUGAGGCAGAAAUACAGCGCAAUGCAUCGACCGGUUACGAGUUCAACUCGGCGAAUCGGCUAUGGAUUGCGAACACGAGGAGGGUACGAGAAUGCAUGUUGAACUUGUUCGGCAAUCAACUGGUGGAAACUGAUUUUCGAUCGAACCCGGAAGCCGCUCGCAAUAACAUCAAUCAAUGGGUCAGUAACAUGACCAAGGGACACAUUAACGAUCUCCUACCUGACGGCAGUAUCGAUGAACAAACGGAUUUGGUGUUGGCCAACGCGGUUUACUUCAAAGGUAUCUGGCACAGCCGUUUCGAUCAGGCCAAUUCUAAAAAGGACCUUUUCUACACUUCCGGAUCCCAGCAUUCUAUGGUUACGUUCAUGAAGCAGAAGGGCAAUUUCAAUCACAUGAUCUCUGAAGUCCUCGGUGCACAUGUAUUAGAACUGCCGUACAAAGGCGAAGAGAUAUCGAUGUUUGUUUUACUUCCACCAUUCGCAACUGCAAGAUCAUCAGACGCUUCCGAUCAGCCUGGCGAGAGAGACGGAAUCCGUCAGCUAAUCGAACGCAUUUCCACUGAAUCAGGAUCCGCUGAACUUCGUGACCUUCUUGAUUCAGGAAUUCCACUUCAGCAAGUCGAAGUAAUUCUUCCACGAUUUGAAAUAGAAAAGGAACUUCCGUUGAACACGUUGCUUCAAGAGAUAGGCGCAGGCGAGCUGCUAGCGCCGAACUCUGCGGAUCUCCGAGGAUUCCUCGAGGACGGUGAACCACCAGUGGCUCUUGGUGAUGCAGUUCACCGAGCAAAAAUCGAAGUCACCGAAGAGGGAACCACGGCAGCUGCGGCCACAGCGCUUUACACUUUCCGGUCCGGCAGACCGUUGCAACCUGCGGUCUUUGACGCAAAUCAUCCUUUCCUCUUCUUCAUUUAUAACAAACCGAUGCGCACCAUUUUAUUCGCUGGUGUCUAUCGCACUCCGAAUUCGCCGCAAAAUACAGCCGAGACAGCAGCGGCUUAAGCGUUGUUCCUUAUAGAGAGUAUGGCAUGAGAGUAUUAUGGUGAAGUGUGUGUGACCCCUUGAUGAUUAUUUUUGUAUUAAACGCUACUUAUAGAGUUUCCAAAAAAAAUUUGUUUUAAUUGCAGAAUCCAUUCGUCUUUUAAAAUUCAUUCAUAAAAUGAGAUUAAAAUUGGAGCCGCAUGUAAUGUGCGUUCUGCGAAUAUUUGAAGAGUAUUCUUUAAUUAUGAUGAGAAAAAUGAAAGUAAAUCUCUACUAUUGAUUAUUAAGCAUUGAAAAGUUUUAUGAAGAGUCAGACUGAUGCUCUUAAUUGUACGUGCGAUUUUCUUUGUGAUUGACGUAGAAUGAUAAGAUAAAUUAGAGAUAGAACAUUUAGAUUAGCCCUCUUUUAUAUUUUUAACAAUCCGUAUCAUUAUUUCGUAAUGAAAAUAGAGUUGUUAUAGUG